AUGAAUUCAUCUUCAUCUCAGACGGAUAGUUUUCAUGCUAAUGAUUAUCGUUCGGCUGUAAUACCUUAUCGGUGCCUAGCUGCCAUGUUACCAAAAAGAAGCACAAGGAUUAGGAUACUACCAAGAUGCCCAAGUCUAGACGGUGGAAGUCAAGAUAGAGAGGUUAUCGUCAAACUAUGGAUCUUCCGGUUGGUAAAUUCGCGCUCUAACCACUGA